UGGAGGGAGCAGAUACUAUUGGCCUUUCUUACGGACAAGCAGGCGGAGUAAUUUCAGCCAAUCAGUGCUAUGGGGUCUGUGGAGCUCAACAUGAUUGGCUAAAAAUAGAAGAGUCACUGUGACUUCCGGUUCCCUUUGACCUUUAAUGACCAAUCAGCCUGGGGUAUUGCUAUUCCAAGAACCAAUCGCGUCUUAGGGCGGGACAAAGAGCUGUUUUUAUAUUCAGGUUCUGGCAGUGUAUUCUUUCUACUUACAAACUACUGAGGUAUCCUGUGUGUUGUAAGACCAAAUACGACAAAACAUGUCUGGAAGAGGCAAAACCGGAGGAAAGGCCCGCGCCAAGGCCAAGACCCGUAGCUCCCGUGCUGGACUGCAGUUCCCCGUCGGCCGUGUCCACCGUCUCCUCCGCAAAGGUAACUACGCUGAGAGGGUCGGCGCCGGGGCUCCCGUGUACCUGGCCGCGGUGCUGGAGUACCUGACCGCUGAGAUCCUGGAGUUGGCCGGAAACGCCGCCAGAGACAAUAAGAAGACCCGUAUCAUCCCUCGCCACCUCCAGCUGGCUGUCCGCAACGACGAGGAGCUGAACAAACUGCUCGGCGGCGUGACCAUCGCUCAGGGCGGUGUCCUGCCCAACAUCCAGGCCGUGCUGCUGCCCAAGAAGACCGGCCAGGCUGCACCGAGCUCCGGCAAGGCGGGAAAGAAGGCCUCCUCUCAGUCUCAGGAGUACUAGCCUGCUGGCUACAUAACUUUUACCCCAAAGGCCCUUCUAAGGGCCACCCACCCCCGGAUGAAAGAGCAACUCUCCCGUAUAUUGCCUUGUUUUGCAUGGGUUAUUUAAUAAACGCUUGUUUUUAUUAAGUGGUCA